AUGGUGAACUUCAACCUCGACCAAGACAUUCCCGAUCUCUCAGGCAAGGUUCUUCUUGUCACCGGAGGCAACAAUGGCCUCGGGAAGGAGACGGUGCUGCAACUCUGCAAGCAUAAUCCGGCCAUGAUCUUCCUAGCGGCCAGAUUCGAGUCCAAGGCCCUCGACGCCAUUGCGGACAUUCAGAGGGCUAAGGCAGUGGUCGGCUUUCACGCCCAGCCAGACCGUCUCGAUCUCCUCAUCAACAACGCCGGCAUCUGUGCCCAACCGCCCAGCACAACCCAGGACGGCUACGAGAUCCACUUCGGCACCAACCACCUCGGCCACGCCCUGCUCACCAAGCUCCUCCUGCCGGCGCUCCUCAAGACGGCAGCCGCCUCCUCAGCCGAGGCCUGGGCCCCCUUCCUCGACCCCGCCGACUUCGACACGCUCAGGACCAACAUGGCCCCCCGCUCGGGCUUCUCCCGCUACAGCCUCUCCCAGGUGGCCAACGUUCUGCACGCCCACGCCCUGGCCGUGCGUCACCCGGCGCUCCGCUCCGUGGCGCUGCACCCGGGCGUCGUCAACACGAACAUCGCCAGCGGCGUCGCGGCCAGCUGGCCGGUUCUCGCGCCGCUUGUGCGCUUCGUGCGCCUUUUCGGGGAUGUCCUGCAGACGCCUGUUGCGGCGGGCGUGGGGACGCAGCUGUGGGCUGGUGUUAGCCCUGAGGCGGAGUCGGGCGAGUUUUAUUUUCCGGUUGGUGUUGCUGGCGAGGCGUCGAUGCAUGCGCGCGAUCGAAGGAUGGAGGAGGCGCUGUGGGCGUGGACGGAGAGGGAGCUGGAGCGGUAUCUGGAUGCUGCUAAGACGUAG